AUUGCGGAAGUAUUAAAGCAUUAGAAAUGAAGGGAUCAAAGAGAGGCUGUGGCUCCCUGCAGCCGGGCUGCAGCUCUGAUGAGCAGUGAGAACAGUGAGCUCCCUCCCUAAUGAAUCCCAUGUGUGGGGAAGUGUGCAGGCACCCCUGCCACAGCAAGCUCUGUUCUCACUUUCCUUCUUAUUAAACUGGGCCACAGAUCAAGGGAAUGCCUGCCUGCCUCUCUUCACUGCUUCCCUAAAACACAACGGCAGCGUUUCCAUGUUCUGUGGUUUUCUGAAACACAGCAAAACAACCAACAGACUUGGCUGGACCUCUCAGUCUCUAUCUCUCACUCCCUCUCAGUACAUCUCUCUCCCUCUCUCUCCACCUCCUCCUCUCACAUCACCUCUCUCCUCACACAAUCUCCUCCUCCUCUCUAUCCUCGCACCACAACAGUCCUUAAAUUCUGGGCAGUUUUAAAAGUUAUUUUGGACGCCCAAGAUAUUUCUAACUAGAUGUUUAACGCUAACAGUUUUUUUUUUUCUUUUAGAAAUCUUUCCCCUUUUCUCUCAUCCCCCUCUUUCUUUCUCCCUGCUUUCCUUCUCUCUGUAUUAAAUCACUUAGUUGUUUUGUUUUUUUUCUCGCAAUGAGACAGACAUUCUUGGACUAAACCACUAUUCAAUUUUCCCAGCCUCCCCCCCCACCCUUCCUCUCCUCCUCUAAUAGGCUCCGGUCACGGUUUCCUCUCUGAAAGUUGGGAGGUCUUUCAGUCCCAGUUAAAGGGGGGAAAACUUUCUUUUUGGUGUGUUAUUGAAACACUUUGAAGAACGUGUUCGUGCUGGAAGACAUACAGAAGAGGUCUGGAUCAGACAAGUUACACACAAAGAUGUCUCCGCUCCAGCAUUGGUCCCGCCUCUUCCUGCUGUUGCUGAUCCGCUCGUCCAAUCAGAUUGAAGAUAACAAGAUUCCCAGCCUGUGUUCGGGACAGCCCGGUAUCCCAGGAUCCCCAGGGGUGCACGGGACCCCCGGCCUGCCAGGGCGAGAUGGCAGAGACGGGCGGGACGCUGCCCCGGGAGAGAAAGGGGCCCAGGGGGAGAGGGGGACACCUGGAAUGUCGGGUCUGAGGGGUGAGCUCGGUGACCCGGGGCAGCUGGGAGAGAAGGGGGAGAAGGGGCAGGCAGGGGAGUGCGCCGUCGCCCCCAAAUCGGCAUUCAGCGCCAAGCUGUCGGAGAGCCGUGGGCCGCCCGCAGCCGUGGACGGGGUUUUGCGUUUCGACACGGUGCUGCUCAACGAGCAGGGCCACUACGACCCUGAGACGGGGCGCUUCACCUGCAGGGUGCCUGGGGUGUACUACUUCGCCGUCCACGCCACCGUGUACCGCGCCAGCCUGCAGUUCGACGUGGUGAAGAACAAUCAGGUGGAGGCCUCGUUCUUCCAGUACUACGGGAACUGGCCCAAGCCCGCCUCCCUCACCGGGGGGUCCCUCCUGCACCUGGUGCCCAACGACCAGGUCUGGAUUCAGGUGGGCAUCGGGGAGUACAGCGGCUUCUACUCCAGCGCCAAAACAGACAGCUCCUUCUCCGGCUUCCUGGUCCACUCGGACUGGAAAAACUCAGCUGUGUUCGCUUAGCGGCUGCCUUUCACAGUGUCACCUUCCACAGGGACCCGCUGCUUCCAAGCACCCAAACCAUCCUGAGCAUGAUGACGUAGCUCGAGGAUACUGCUUAUUAUAUAUAUAAAAACGAGAAGGAGCCCGCUUGAGAGUGCGUACAACGGGGUGAGUGGACUUGUUUUUAGACUUGUUUUUGGUAAAGCUCUGAAAACGCAGGCGUUUUUUUGUUUUUUUUUCCUUUCAAAAAAUACGAUUAAAUGAAACAGUGAAAACACAACCACUCCGUGUCCCGAUACUGUUUCCUGUUACUAAGAAACUGACGAUUGUAGCUGCGCAAGAUUUUUUUUACAAUAAAUAACACUAAUGACUGAA